UGGUUUUACGUUUUAUAGGCCACUUUUUUUUUAACCUAAAUCAGUAUAUAUAUACAUAUAUAUACGUAUAUUUAUAUAUUUUUUAUUUUUUUGUAUUUUAGUAUGUAAUCUCUACAUUUGGAGUUAAAGCGACUCAUAUACAGAGCUGAUGGUUUAUUGUAUUUGUAUUAUGGCCUUUGACUGGAACACAAUGAAGGACAGAAGGAUCCUGGGAUCAAAUUAGUGCAGGAUUUUAUUUGUAUUUUUUAUAAGCUGAUACAAGUAUUAUAAGGGUUUUUAGUCUCCCGAGAUGUUAUUCAGUCUCAGCACCAUUAAUGUGUAAGGUGUAGUGUCUGUGUAGUGUCUUCUGUGGGUCUGUUACUCUAUACACACACACACACACAUACACACACACACACUCACACACACAUACACACACACAUAUUUAUAUAUUUAUUGCUAUGGAUUUUCCUUUCGACCUGAACUCUUUGUUUCUGGAGAGAAUCUCAGUGCUGGAUCACAAUCUGUGUGCUGUCCGGAAAGGAAGACCUGAAGCCCUGAAUCAGAUUACCACGGUUAUUAAUGAAUUAGGGAAAGCUUCAGCCAAGGCCCAGAAUCUGCCUGCACCAAUAACAAGUGCAGAAAAGCUUCAGGCCAACAGACACUACCUCUACCUGCUGAAAGACGGAGAGAGAAACGGAGGCCGUGGAGUUGCUGUAGGAUAUCUGAAGGUCGGAUACAAGAAGCUCUUUCUGCUUGACCAGAGGGGGGCGCAUUUGGAGACCGAGCCUUUGUGUGUGCUGGAUUUUUAUGUGACUGAGAGUUUGCAGAGACACGGAUACGGUUUGGAGCUGUUCCACUUCAUGCUGGAACACAAGAAGGUGGAGCCUGAACAGAUGGCGUAUGACAGACCUUCCUCGAAAUUCCUGGCCUUUCUAGAGAAACACUUCGAUCUUAAGCACAGUGUACCUCAGGUGAAUAACUUUGUGGUGUUUGAGGGUUUCUUCAGGAACAGAUCAGCGGCUCAGUUGAGAAAAGCUCCUCCAAAAAAGCCAGAGGGAGAGAUCAAACCCUAUUCACUAAUGGAGAGAGAGGCUGUGAGAGAGGAGCAGAAGGCUCUCCCGUGGCCUUUCAUCCGCUCCACGGCCGUUCCUCAAUCUCCUCCUCUGGUGGCAUCCUCCCCGUUCUCUCGCUCCCUGAGCGUGGGCUCGUCCCCCAACCGCACUCCUCAUCCUCAACCUCACAUCCCUCCACACCUGGCCGAAAACUUCCGGACAAAACGCACCAGUGCUCAGGGUUUGGUUGCAAGAAACAACCUCUACAGUCGUCAUGUGAACAGCAGAGGCCUCGGGCUCUUAAUGGCAGAACAGCUGAAGCUGCCAGGGCUGAAGCCAGUGCUCAGUGAGAGUGUGUGUGAAGCAAUGGGACACACAAACACAGCAGAAAGUUUGGCAACACACAUCCAGGGCACCUCUGUAGUCCUGCCCCCGCUCCAGGGGGUACUCAGGCAGCAAGCUUCCAACCACACGGCUUUAAACGGCACGGCGGAUACCAGGACAGCGAGGAAUGAAGAACGAACGACAGAGAACGAGACGGAGAGAGACGACGGGUCUUCCUGGACUGUGGGUGGAAAGCAAUGCACGGCCCAGUGGGUCAGACAGAAACAUGAAUUUCGCAGCACGCGGCCGUGGUGACGUGAGCACAAGAAGAAAAGCUGGUUGGAGAUCUGAGAGAAGACGGGAAAUCUAAGAUACGAGAAGGGGGGGAGCAAAACAAGAAAAGAACAGUUACAAGAAAAGAACGAGAUGAAGAGCUUCCCGUAGAAAGCUAAAACAGGACAAGAAAAAUGAAGCCAUACAGCACACAAGAUGUGACCUCGCAGUGCGCCGGCUAGAGUUUUACAAACGUUUGUAGCCACGCAUUAAAUGCCAGAAUUUUGUACCUCUUUAAGCAGUAUUGUGUAAAAUCAGGGAUUUUUUUUUAUUAUUUCAAAAUAAACUAAAAAGCAAGUGAA